AGCUCCACUUUCUCAUAGCAGAACUAGGGUUUAAUCGGGGUUUCGACAGGCCGCAACAAAGAGGGUUUUUUAAUGGGUAAGCCUAAUAGAGAACCAGCUUUGUUUGAUGAGGAUAAAAUUGAGGAUGAGGAAAUGAGUGAUCUCAAUGAGGAAGUGUCUGAAUCAGAAUCAGAACCAGAACCAGAAUUGGACUCAGAAGAAGACGAAGACGGAGAUGUUAAAUUGGCUGAACCAUCAAAAAAGGCUGUAUACAAUAGAGAGGGUCUUGAGGAAAAACUUCAAGAUAUUAGUUGGCCAGAAGAUGUUGGAUGGAUACACAAGCUUUCCAUAGAUAUUAAUCAAGAGCAAGAGGUGGAUGUGAAUGAUGACUUAAAAAGAGAGGCAUCUUUCUACACACAGGCACUAGAGGGAACAAGGCUGGCCUUUGAGAAGCUUCAGUCAAUGGGAUUACCGUUUCUUAGGCCAGCUGACUAUUAUGCCGAAAUGGUUAAGACAGAUGUUCACAUGGAGAAGGUAAAGCGCCGACUUCUUGCAGAACAGAAGGAGAUUGAGGAGGCUGAGGAGAGAAAGAAGGCUAGAGAGGCCAAGAAACUAUCUAAAGAGAUUCAGGCCCAGAAGACGAAAGAGAGAGCCAAGCAGAAAAAGGAAGAUAUUGAAUCUGUUAAGAAAUGGAGGAAGCAAAGACAACAAAGCGGGUUUGCUGGUGAUGUCAAUGAUGGCGACUUGAGUUUGGCCUUCGAAGAUGGCAAAUCAUUUGAGAGGUCAAAUAAGAGACGGCCAGGUGUGGCUCCAGGAGACCGGUCAGGUGGGAAGGCGAGACAAAGUGGUGGAAAGUUUAAGAAAGGAAUGGAUAAGAAAAGGAAGGGUAAAGAGUUUAAAAAUUCAAAGUUUGGAUUUGGAGGGAGAAAAGGCAUGAAGAAGCAGAACACUGCAGACACCACUGAUGCUGUCGGAGGGUUUAAUAAAGGUGGUGUUGCCGGAAAUAAGAAAAGGAAGAGGUGAUAGAUUUUCUGAUUGUUGUAGCCCAUGGGGAGGGUUUUUGAUUCUUUUAGCCUAUGUAAUCUUUUAUGCUAUGAUGCUUGUGGUGUUUGUUUUUAAAGUAAAAACUAGUUUGUUUUAUGGUGUUCUGAUUGAUUAAUCCUAAUUACUCACAAUUUUGCUGCUCUAAAUUUAGCAUUUGAUAGUUUUAUGUU